GUGUGAGGCUGGUGGAGCAAGGCUGCACAAGUUAUCGUUGUGCUUCAGGCUCUCAUGUUGUGUAGUUCAUGCGUACGUUCCACAAGCCAGCGCUUGCAUGGUGUACUCUGCCUCUUUCUCAUAGCAAACACCCGCCCGUUGCGCUCUGCCUGUUUCUCAUAGCGAACACCCGCCGUUGCGCUCUGCCUGUUUCUUAUAGCGAACACCCGCCGUUGCGCUUUACCAACUUGCAGCGCUCUUUCCGCACUUGCAGUAAUUUUGAACUGCAACACCAUCAUCUCUUGCACAUUGCGCUUGCACAUUGCGCGCUCAAGUCCCCUUCUAACUAUAAUUUUCUACUAACGUUGUCCACCGACGGAUCCUGCUACCUGCUACGCGAUUCCCACCAGCCUCGCAAUGUUGGGCACUACACCUCGCAAUAACAUGACUAAGAGGUGGAAGAGGAUGGAUUGUAUGGAGUCCAUACAUACUGUGUUGUAUGUGCACGCUAGUAGUCGUCUUCCAUACUCAUUCCUUUGCCAAGGCAAUUCUAUGAGAUUGUGGCGUGCAAGCGACGAGCAUCAAUUCUCCAUUAUUCCUCUGUCUUCACCUGAGCUUCCUGGAUUGUUCAAGUUCCUUGCAAUUUAAUCUCGUGUCUAUCGGCGGGACCGAGCGAUUAUCGGUAAUAUACACACAGUAUAUAGGUUAUCUACCUGGA